CCCUAACACAGUCAGUGCUUUAUGUGAAGAAGUACCAGCUGGUGCCACGGUCCCUUCUAGUCCUCCAUACUUAUUUGUGUUCAUCACAUAUUGGGACAUGGAAAGGAAAUAUAAGCUAAAAUCCCUGAACACCGCCGUCAGCUGUAUUCUAGCAUUCCUCCUUCACAAAUUCUGCCAUGCUGAAAAAAUUUGUUCAGUUCCCUCAGAGCCUGUGACUAUUAAAGAGAACAACACAAUCGAUGCCCUUGUUGUCCGUAUUAACACAACAACAAAGAACGUCACACUGACUCUCACCGAGAAUCCAGACAAUGCUUUUGACCUGAGGGGCUUUGAUCUGAUCCUGAAAAAACGCCUGGAUUUUGAAACUCUGCUAAAUCCUGAGGAGCUCACGGUUCAAAUCCGCUGCAAUAAAACAGGAUCCAGAAGUAUUACUUUGACGGUGCUUGUUCAAGUCGAAAACAUUAACGACAACCCUCCUUUGUUUGCCCAGAGUAAAUACACUCUAGAUGUUAAUGAGCUCACACCUGUUAACACCAGCGUGGCCCAGAUUGAAGCAAAAGAUGAUGAUUCAGGAGUUUUAUAUUACGCCUUGGAACCAGCUCUGAACCCAUAUUUUAGACUGGAGAACAUGUACAAGCCUAAUAUUCUCGUCAACAAGACCUUGGAUUAUGACAUCGUCCAGCAGGUGACACUGACCUUAUAUGUGCAGGAUACUCCACCAUUGUCACCUCCAGGCCAAAUCACCUACAAAGCUACCACGACGCUUAUAAUCAACAUAAAAGACAUCGACAACCGCCCUCCCUGGUUCCAGCCAUGCACAAGAGUAAAUAUUGGUACGGCCAAAAUCUGCCUGAGUGUUGGGUAUAAGGGCAGGGUCAACUUAACAGAAAGACAGGAAGGACCACUGCAGUUACUUCCAGGGCCGAUUUAUGCAAGAGACGGAGACAAAAGCAGAAAUGAAGAGAUUAGCUAUAAAAUUGUUAGAGGAAAUGAAGACAACAUAUUUCAAAUAGAUGAAAACACAGGAAACAUAACCAUGCUAAAACCAGCGGAUAUUGCAGGCCCGAUAUCUCUCACAGUUCUGGCUUCACAGGUGUCAAACCGUGACCAGUUCGCUGCCACUUCAGUCAACAUCGAAGUGAUGAAAAAGAGCAGGAACCCUCCAAAAUUCGAGCGGGAGCGCUAUGAGGCAUAUGUUUACAGCAACUCAGGCCCUGAGAACAUGGUGCUCAAGGACAGGACUUCAAACAGACCUUUCAGAGUCAGAGCCAGGGACGAUGACUUUGCAAAUGGAAUAAAUCCUGACAUAAGAUAUGAAGUACAGUACAGCAGUUAUGUCAACAUAACCACAGAUGGAUUUGUGCUUCUGAAAAAAACUGUUAGGACCGAAUCUUUUGCUUUACAGGUUCGAGCUGUUGAUGUGUCGACUGGUGAGUCGGGGACAGCGGCCCUCUCCGUGCUCGUCCUACCACCCGUAGGAGUCCAGUCGCCCUCAGAGGGAUACCGUGCUGGAGAUAUGGCCUUGCUGGGCUUCAUAAUGGCCGCAUUGCUGGUUCUCUGCCUCAUCGUAAUUGGCUAUCUCAUCUCCCGUCUGAAGAAAAGGAACCCAGACACGCUCAAGUUAUCAGAGUGUCUAGGUCCAUGCUUGCAGCAAACUGAGCCCACUGACGGGUUAAGACCAAGAGACAGCAUGCAGUUCACCAAUGACGGCUUUAUGAACGAAGCAGAAAUGGGCAGGUUGGCCUUGAGAAGACCAGAAAAGAGAGACAGGAAACAGGAACUGGCGUCAAAAUGGAGAGUGCGAGUGACACCACGUGAGAGGCACUGCAAUUCCUGUGGCAUGCGAGUCCACUCGAACCAUGUGCACCGCAGCAGCCCAGCUCUCCACCCCAAAGCCCAAGGAUCUAAAGACCAAGUCAGAUCCAUCCUAGCUAAAGAGAGAAGGAAGGACAGACAGAAGACGGUGUGGUUUAAAGAGAGCGAGGAUUCCUCAGAUAUCGAAGUGGAGAUCAUUCCUGACAACAUAGGGCUUAAACAUGAAGAGGAAGAGGAUGACGAAUCAUCUUCUCUGGCUCUAAAAGCCAGCGAUAUGGAACUGAGUGAGCUGAGUAUGAUGAACAUCCAGGACUUUGACAAGCACCAGGAAAAUGGUUCUGACCACCGAGAGCCACCAGAACCAGAUAAAACAGGCCAGUGAGUUCCAAGAGGGCUUGAAAUCAUUGAAACACAUCGCUAUAAGACUUAAAACAGUCUUUCCUGAGCUGAUAUCAGGGUGAUUCCAUGAUUCGGUUGCCAUUAAUUUCCCAGUGAUAUUACUUUUACAAAUAUGAAUGUAAAGUAAAGAUAAAAAUUUAUCGUUUCUAGCCAACUACAUCUUGAAAUAUAUGUGAAUACAACCCUAUUUUUCCAUUUAACGUCUCAUGCCUGACAAAUCAGCAAAUUUUAGGUUCUUUACAUUUCAGGUACCUGGACACAUUCUGAACACCCCUAUGAACAUAUUUGGAAUAUUCCAGACAUCACACAAAUUUCCUGGGGAUCACAGAUAGAAGAAAAGUACAUUCUCUCUGUUUUUUGUUUUUUUUUUUGCUUUAUAUUCAAUUAUAUUGUAAUACUGACUUGAAAGUACAGUACAACCCUUUUACCCAAAUUACAGACUGAAAGUAAAUUAUUAUAUAAUUAGAAUUUGUUAUGAUAAUAUUAUACUAAUCAUAUUUUGUGUAUUUGCUAAGUCAGUUAAAAAUAAACUCAGCCCUUUUGAUUGUUUAAGACAUUUUUUAAACAUGUCAAAUUCAAUGUUUAAAAAUGACAAAAAAUGAAGACCCACAUGGCACCACAAUCGUGGAAUCACCCCAAAAUACAUACUCAUGCAUUGUUUAAUUAUGAUGAGGUGCAUUGUCUUACAAGCCCGAUUCACUGGUGUCCUCACGUGGCAGGGUACUGAGAAUCUCUUAUCUGUGAUAAAAAUGCUGAAGAGAAAAAAACAAAACAAAAACAUCUUGACUACAAUAAUAAUAUCUUCUCUUUUUUUUAAAUGAGAGACUAAUGUGCACAACAACAAAUAUCAUUAUUUCUAUUUUGGAGCAUAUUAUAACUGCACUAAACAUAACAUUUGCACUAAGGACUAAUUAUGCAUAAUUAUGCAAUAACUUAAUGAUUGUUUUUUUCCCCCCUUGUCCAGUAUAAUUCUUUCAUUGCUGUGAAUAACAUUUUGUAUACACGGAUACAGAUAAAGACUCUAAGAAUAUUUUAUAUAAAUGUGAAUCGUGGAAGUGUAGAAAUGAAGAAUAAAGAAGCAAGAGAAUGUGUUCUAUCUUGAUUGUUGUGGAAAUUCAUGACAGUUAAAAACUAGUUUGGCAAACAUAUGUGGCAUGUGUGUCACAACCACAAUCCUGUGCCAAGUUUGACAUGGCCUUGCUGUAUAUUACAGUACCAUUGCUCAAAAAAAGUAUGUCAGUAUGAAAGGGUAC